UAUUUUUAUAUAAAAAUUGGAAACGUAUAUAAAGUUUCACACAAAACAACAGAAAUCGUGCCAGAUCUACUAGUCGAGCUAAAAUGAAUUCAAGUGUUCACACUCUGACAACAUCCUCCCCAAUUACAAAGACAAUGAACAACAAUUUUGCGGCGAAGGCCCUCAAUCGAUUAUAUUUGGAUUCGACUUCAGCUGAUGUUCAUUUUGUGUUUGGCGCUGACACUGAACAACCGAUAAAAGUUCCUGCACACAAGAGCAUUUUGGGAGCAAUGAGCCCGAUAUUUCACACAAUGUUUUAUGGUUUGCUGAAAGAAGGGGACGAAGUCAAAAUUGAUGAUGCACCAGCCGAAGCAUUCAAAAAGUUUUUACAAUUUUUCUACUUGAUCGAUGUGUCAUUGUCAUUGAAAGACAUCAGCCGUAUCAUGUAUCUUUGCGAAAAAUACCAAAUCAACGAUUGUUUGCAAACAUGUUCAACAUUUUUGGGUGACAUUUUAUCAGUAGAUGCUGUGUGCUUGUGCUAUGAACUGGCAUUUCUCUUCAAGCAGCCUCAAUUGGUGAAAACUUGCGAUGCAUUCAUCAAAUUCGAGACAUCAACGAUACUUAAAUCGGAUGGUUUCCUGUGUUGCAACAAAGAUGUACUACAACAUAUUUUGAAUAUGGACUCAUUGAACUGCUCUCCCGCAGACGUAUUGGUGGCAACUUUGAAGUGGGCACAACAUUCGACUCAAGCAAAUGAUUUAAGUGCGGAUAACCCAAAAGAUGUACGCGAUCAACUGGGUGAUUUAUUUUUUAAGCUACCAUUUGGUGCUCUCGAUCCAGCCGAAUUUUUCAAAGCUAUUCCGCUAUACAAGGACUUGUUUUUGUUCGAAGAAAUGAAGGAUAUCAUUGGAAUAAUCGGGUCGGAAGCAUAUCAACCAACUAUUUUUGUGCGAAGAAACUUUUGCCGAGAAAAGAACGAAAGUAAUCAGCCAAUGGAAGUCAACCGAAUUAUAUCGGAUAGUUUUCUCGUUAACGAUGUCGAAACUACCACAUUUUCAUCGAAUAAAUUAUUGUUGCUGAAUGGAUUUUUAUGCGCUAAUGUGUAUAAUUUUGUUAAAGAAAAAUGGGCAUAUUAUAUAUUAGAAGCAGAUUUUCCAUCUUCAAAAAUAACUAUUGGUGAAUCUCAAAAUAUGAAUGACACUAUAUUGUUCAGUGGUGAAAUUAAGCUAAUUACUCAUGGUGAGAAUCGAGUUAAUUUGGCGUCGCCAAUUAUCAUAAGACCGUUCGUCAAGUAUGAGAUUCGAUUUAAACAACCAGGGAUACCACCUUCAAUUUACACAUUUUCAACACUAAAGUCAGAGCUUCGCAUUGAACCGGACAUUACCAUUCAAUUCCAUCCAGAUCCAAAUUUGAAUUUUGACAACACAGCCACUGGACUAAUUACCACUUUGUUCGUCGAGCCUUUCUAA